AUGUAAUCUCAAGACGAUAUCUUAAUUAACUAGAUAGGUAUAUGAGUAUAAAUAAUAUUAAGAUACCACGGAUAUAUUUUUUUAGCUCAUCAAAUUCAACUAAAUUUCAAGAUCAAUUUACCCAGUAAAGGAGAACAUGAUAUAAUCAAAGUUAGGCACAAUAUAAAAUCAGACUUCAAUAAAAAGCUAAGAUUUCACUAAGUUGUAUAUAAAAUAAUUUAUACAAGUUAAAUAAGAGAGUACAAAAAAGAAUAAGGGAUUACUUAGAAAAAUGAUGAUAGAAAAAAUCCUUUAAUAAUAGAGGGGAACUUAUAAAAUCUAAAUUUGAUUAUCAAAAAAGGAAUUUAAUAAAGAAAUUUUUUCAGAGUUAUUACUUAAUUGAGUGAUUCUGUACAUAAAAUAAAUAGGUUUAAAAAGGCAUUAUUAAAUUACAAUCCUAGUAUAUAAAAAAGCCCUAAAUAUUUAGACUAUUAUUAUUAGAAAGGUAUAAUCAAUUUUGCAUAACAACUUAGCUUUAACCUUAAAUAAAAUGGCAAAAUAUUAAGAAGCUUUGCAAUAUUAUGAUUUAGCCAUCUAGAAAGACCCUGAAAACUCAGAGUAUUAUUAUAACAAAGGUAAAAUUAGAUCUUUAUAAUAUUUAAGCCAAUACUUUAACAAAUUUGAAUAAAUUCUAAGAGGCAAUAGAAUAAUAUAGUUAAGCUAUAAAAAAAAGACCUGAAAUUUUAGACUACUACUUUAAGAAAGGUUUAAUACAUUUUUUCAUAAUAACUUAGCUUUGACUUUAAAUAAAAUGAAAAGAUAUGAAGAAGCGUUAUAAAUUUAUGAUUUAGCUAUUCAGAAAAAUCCUGAUUGUUCAAAUUAUUUCAAUGAAAAAGGUAAUGUGCCUGAAAAUAUUUACAUAGCUAAUACUUUAAGAUAAAUGAAUAAAUUAAAAGAAGCUUUAGAAUAUUAUCAUCUAGCUAUCAAGAAAGACCCUGAAAAUUCAGACUAUUAUUAUAACAAAGGUAAUUAAAAUCAGGUUAAAAACUUAGCUUUGACCUUAAAUAAAAUGACAAGAUAUAUAGAAGCAUUACAAUUUUAUGAUUUAGCGAUUUUGAAAAAUCCUGAAUGUUCAAAUUAUUUAAAUGAAAAAGGUUGGCUGUAAAUAUUUACAUAGCUAAUACUUUAUUAAAAAUGGAAAGGCUUGAAGAAGCAUUACAAUUUUAUAAUUUAGCUAUUUAGAAAAACCCUGAAAAUGCAAAUUAUUAUUAUACAAAAGGUAUAUUUAUUGCUGUAUAUUUCUUAGCUGUUGCUUUAUAUGGGCUGGAAAGAUAUGAAGAAGCAUUACACAAUUAUGGUACAGCUAUUUAGUACAACCCUAAAAUAUGGUCUUAUUAUAUGGGCAUAGGUAUUAAAAACUAUUAUCAUUUUCUUAGCUGUUACAUUAAAUGCAAUGAUAAGAUUUGAAGAGGCCUUGCAAUAUUGUGAUUCGGCUCUUCAGUUGAACCCUGAAAAGUCAGACUGUUAUCAUUAUAAAGGUAUAAUUAUUUCUGCCUAUUAUUUUAGCAACAACUUUAGACAAUUUGAAUAGAUUUACAUAAGCAUUAGAAUUUUAUAACUAAGCUAUUUCUAAAAAUCCUGAAAAAUCCCAAUAUUAACUUGACAAAGGUAUAAUAAAAUCAACAUAUUUUCCUCAGCUAAUACAUUAGUUAAAUUAAAUAGAUUUGAAGAUGCAUUAGAAUGUUAUAAUUAAGCAAUUUAGAUGGACCCUGAAAAUUCAGACAUUUUAAAUUUGAAAGGUAAAUUUAAUGCUGGAUAUUUAAAUAGCAAAUAAUCUAAGGAGAAUGAAUAGGUUUGAAGAGGCAUUAAAUUAUUAUGAUUAAGCAAUCGAUAUGGAACCUGAAAAUUCAGAUUAUUAUAAUAAUAAAGGUAUAAUUCGUUUUGCUGAUACUCUAAGCUGUGACUUUAGAAAUAAUGGGUAGAUUUUAAGAAGCAUUAGAAUAUUUUGAUUUAGCUAUUUAGUUAAACCCUGAAGAUUCGGAUUAUUACAAUAGUAAAGGUACAUUCAACCCUACAUAUUUUCUUAGCUAAUAUUCUAGAUAAAAUUAAUAGAGAAGAAGAUGCCUUGAAAUAUUUUGAUUAAGCUAUUUAGAUAAACCCUGAAGAUUCGGAUUAUUACAAUAACAAAGGUACAAUCUACCCUACAUAUUUUUUUAGCUAAUACAUUAGUUAAAAUGAAUAGAUUUGAGGAAGCAUUGGAAUGUUAUAAUUAAUCAAUUAAAAUAAAUCCUGAAGAUUCAGAUAAUUACGAUGGCAAAGGUAAAACUAAAUCUGUACUUUUUAUUAGCAUUUAUUUUAGUUUAAAUGAAUAGAUUAAAAGAAGCAUUAUAGUGCAAUGAUGCUUCUAUCAAAUGGAAUCCUGAAAAUUCUGACUAUUAAAAUGAAAAAGGUAAACAUAAAAUAGCAAAUUUACAUAGCUAAUACUUUAAGAAAAAUGAAUAGGCUUGAAGAAGCAUUAUUGUAUUAUGAUUAAGCUAUAAAAUUAAACCCUGAAAAUGCAGACUAUUAUAAUAAUAAAGGUAUACUAAGUUGCUAUAUUUUCUUAGCAUUAACAUUACACAAAAUGAAUAGAUUAGAAGAAGCUUUGGAAUAUUAUGACUCAGCAAUAUAAAUAAACAGAGAAAAUUCAGCAUAUUAUAAUAAUAAAGGUUUAAUUUAUUUGUUCAAAUCUUAGCUUUAUCUUUAGAUAAAAUGAAGAGAUUUGAAGAAUCAUUGAAUUAAUACGAUUUAGCGAUAAAGAAGAAUCCUGAAAAUUCAGCCUAUUUUCAUAAUAAAGGUAUAAUUAAUUCUGCUUAUUAUUUUAGCUAUGACAUUAGAGAAAAUGUAUAGAUUUAAAGAAGCUUUGGAAUGGUAUGAUUCAGCUAUUUAGAAAAACCCUUAAAUUUCCUACUACUACAAUAACAAAGGUGAUUAAUUCUUGAUAACGCUUAGCUUUGACAUUAGAAAAAAUGAAUAGAUUGGAAGAAGCACUCGAAUAUUAUAAUAUAGCUAUUUAAAAAGAUCCUGAAUAUUCAGAUUAUUACUAUAACAAAGGUAUUUAAAUUAUGUUAAAUUAUUAGCUAAUACAUUAGACAAAAUGAAUAGAUUGGUAGAAGCAUUGGUGUGGUAUGAUCUAGCAAUUUAGAAGAACCCUGAAAAUUCGACCUACUAUAGUAACAAAGGUAUAUUAGAAUUCACCUAUCUUCUGAGCUAAUGCAUUAGAUAAAAUGAAUCGAUUAUAAGGAGCAAUAGAAAAUUAUGA